AUAUAUGCAUGUCUGUGUUUGUGUGUUUUUCAGGCACCAUUGACAUUUAGGGAUGUGACUGUAGAAUUCUCUCUGGAGGAGUGGCAAUGCCUGGACACUGUUCAGCGGAAUUUAUAUAGGGAUGUGAUGUUAGAGAACUACAGAAACCUGGCCUUCCUGGGUAUUGCUGUCUCUAAGCCAGACAUGAUCACCUGUCUGGAGCAAGGAAAAGAGCCCUGGAAUAUGAAGAGAUAUGAGAUGGUGGCCAAAUCCCCAGGUAGGUGAGAGUGAAACCGAAUAAAACAGAUGAGAGAUCCAAAGGUCAAGGAGAAAGCAAAUCCUUAAAAUGUCAUUUGGGAAGCUUUGUUCCAAAGGAUACAGCUUCUGGAAGCCUGAGUUGUUGUUGUUGUUAUUUUCUUUGCUUUCACAUAGGGACAUUUUCUGUCUUAUGCUUUUAAAUUAUCGAAAGAUUCUAUUUUCCUUUCAGUCAUUUUCUUUAAAGUUUAUAGUGAGAGCCAGAGUCGUCUUCAUGGCAUAGAAGAGACUGCACAAUCUGACUGCUUUUUCAUUGUUUUUAGGGACACACAAAUGUCUGUAUAAUUUUUCAAAACUUUAUGUUAAACAAUUUUUUAUGUUCUCUUUUUGCAUCAUGCCUGAAAUGAAUGGAGUAGUGGUUCCUGUUCCAUUGAAUUUUUUUGUUAAUUU